UGGGACCUUUUUCCCGUCUCCUCCCCGGAUACUCAGUGUUUUUCCGCUAGGCCACAUAGCUAUAGAUUCUUCGCCGCCACGGAUACAUUUCUUUUCAUUUCAUGGUUCGGAUCCUUGACAGAAGGAUGAAGUGUCUUUUCGCUGUAGCGAUCAUCGUGGGUUCGGUGAUAUUUCUUUUAUUUCCCAGCGGAUCUGACGCAGAUGAGAAAAAGAAGGGACCUAAAGUCACAGUCAAGGUUUAUUUUGAUAUGAAAAUCGGAGACGAGGAUGCGGGCCGGGUUGUCAUCGGAUUGUUUGGGAAAACCGUUCCAAAGACUGUCGAAAAUUUCGUCGCGCUGGCAACUGGAGAGAAAGGGUUCGGCUACAAAGGCAGCAAAUUCCAUCGUGUAAUCAAGGAGUUCAUGAUUCAGGGAGGGGAUUUCACCAGAGGAGAUGGCACUGGAGGAAAAAGCAUCUAUGGAGACCGUUUCCCUGAUGAGAACUUUAAGCUGAAGCACUAUGGCCCUGGUUGGUUGAGCAUGGCCAAUGCCGGGAAGGACACCAAUGGCUCUCAGUUCUUCAUAACCACUGUUCAAACACCCUGGUUGGAUGGUAAACAUGUAGUCUUUGGCAAGAUCUUGGAAGGCAUGGAUGUUGUAUCGAAAAUUGAAGCUACCAAGACGGACGGCAGGGAUAAGCCCCUUAAAGACGUCACUAUUCACGACUCUGGUGAAAUCAAAGUGGAGAAACCAUUUGCAAUUCCAAAGGAGUAAAUGACGGGAUAUGCCAUUAGGGGAUAUGCCAUUGGGGGACUUGCCAGUUUGGCAAAUUCCACAUGGGUGUGUCGAGAUGGCUCUCAUCAAGAGCGCCUUGGCUCUGCAGUGGUUCCUCUGCUGGGUAGCCCAGGCUAUUGGCAUCUCUCGCCCUAUGGCUAUGUUUGUGGCUGUGGUGCUGGACCACUGAGCAACACUCCUUUGGUCCAUUUCUUAAAACACAUUACCAAUGGUUGUGCAACAGUCACCAACUUUUUCUUUUUGUAAAGAACAAACAUUAAAUAAAGGGUCCAAAUUUUAUAAAAA